AUGUCUAUGCCGCCGACAUUCCCCUCCCGUCUCGGCGCUACCCAUGUGCUGCCGACCUGGGGCAACACCCCCGAGCCUAUCGAGGGAGAAAGAGCCCGCCGGAUUCAUGAAACGUUCACAGGAAAAAUCCCUAGCGGGCCGAUGGGGCAAUGGACGCGGCCGAAGGCUGCCGAACUUGGGAAGGCGGCUGGGAGCAUUUUGUAUAAGUUCUCGUCCCCCAUCCUGUCCGACUUCAUGAAAGCGGACCUCGACGCUAUCCAGAGGCGCGCCGCGAAAUCCCCCUCCACCUUCGAUCUUGUUGAUGUCACCACGGCGUAUCCACGCCGUGUUAUCGUCCUCCGUGGCAGUGGGGAUGUUAUGACAUCCCAGGAACGCCGACUAUGGGCAUUAUUCUUCAAACUCGAUACAUCCGAGGCGGACUUCGAGGCGAUGCGCGCGCACACCGCCGCCAGUAUCGCCGUGAAGUUUGGCGUGGUGUUCUCCUACGAGCCCGAGCCGGACUUCGAUCUCGGCGACGCACAUGGGUCCUCGAAGUCCGAAGACGCACAGAACUGGGUCGACGAGUCCGACGACGACGAGGAAGAGGACAGUGACGAAGAACAGGACGUCGACAAAGCAAGCAGCGAUGAGGUGAUUGAGUACGACGAUUCCAACGACGCCGGCUGCCGAAUCGAGUCCACAUCAACAGUCGCCUCGUUGGAAAAUGCGACCGGGCCUCCCGAGACGACAUUCAUUCACUUUCGCCGUGUUUGUGACAACUGCCACAAGAAGAUGCCGGAUGGACGAGGAACAUGCUACGGCGGAGUGCAACCAUGCGGACUGUGCAAGUUGGAGAAGAUCCGCUGCUCGUUGCUUGGGAUCCGUGGGGACGGAUGGGUUCUUGUGAAACGGCUCGGUGUCAUAGCGUUCUUCGACGGCCUGACCUUUUAUCCCCUCAAAGCGCUGGUCGGCGCACAACUUGCAGUCGCUGAGGGAUACAUCGACUUUCUCCUCCACGCUAUCACGAAGGAAGACUUCGCGCUCCUCACGUCCGACCUCAUCGAGGUUCCCGAGAAGGUCACAACGCUGAAAUGGCAGUACCAUCGCGCUGACAGCCGCCGAAUCGCUUGGCGACACCUAUUUGUUGACCGACCAAGGGCGCAUAUCGGAGUUACGGCCGCCGAAUUCAAGACAAUCCACGGCAGACGCCGCGAAUGCGUGCGCGAUAGCUGUGCUCCGGACGAGGAAGCCCGUGCGCUCCGCCCAUCCCGUCCACAAUCCAGGCCGAAGACGGUGAAGACGACUGCCACAACUACCAAGAAGUCCCCCCGCAAGCGCAAGCAGAAGCCUGCAGGGAAGUCGAAGGCAGCCGCGGGGCCGAAACGCACGCCGAAAGUGAUCGAGCUGUCGGACGACGAACAACCCCAGCAGUCGUCUUCGACUCGUCGUACCACACGGGCCACGACGCAGGCAGCAUCCAAACGCACCGCCCCUAUUUCCCCGCCCUCCACGUCGAAGCCCUCCAAGCGCUUGAAGACCGGCGCCGUGCCUUACAUCGAGGUUCCGCCACGCCCCAAGAGAACUGGAUCCACGCAGUCCUCGUCGGCGUCCUACGCGCAUUUCCUGUCGCCUUUGGAACCGUCAAUGUCGCUGUUCGGCCCUCCCUUGUCGUCCCUGGCGUCCUCCGCCACUCGCUCGGCCGCCGAAACACCUGCACAGGCCGACCUUUCGAUCGAUGGCGAGUUGCGCAAGGCUUACCUCAGCGCUGCGACGAACUUCAACCGGCUUCGGGGUGAGAUGCAGGCCGCCAUAUCGGGUCUUGAAUCGGUCGCUGCGCACGCCGAAGGACGCCAAGAAGUAAUCCGCAAUUCAUUUAGCCCGAAUGGAUUCGCAAAUCCGGAGGAUUUCCUCACCUGGGUGAAGACAGCCGGCAUCGUUUUUGCCCAGGCGUUGCGCACCAACGCACCCGCAGUCCCGAUCCAGGAUCUCGAUGUGAAGAUGCUGGAUGCGGUUGCUGCUUCGACGCGCACCGCGCCGACCCCGCAGCCCCCUGAAUAUGUCCUGGAACGCCCUGCUGCGCCACCCACCGCGCCGUCUCCGCGCCGUCUCCCGCGCCGUCCGCUGCGCCGACCACCGCGCGUUCCGCUGCGCCGACCACCGCGCGUUCCGCUGCCGCCGCCGCGCGUUCCGCUGCCAACGCCGGCCGCGCGUUCUGCUGCAACGCCGGCCGCGCGUGCACCGCCGCCGGCCGCGCGUACACCGCGGCCCACCCAGGGGGAGCCGAUUACGCCGACGGCGGCGAAGCAGGUGACGCAGGCAAAGGGGAUUCCGCCCGGCAAGAAGCAGGAGACGCCGGUCGAGCCAGAGGAGGAGGAUGAGGAGGAGGAGGAGGAGGAGGAGGAGGAGGAGGAGGAGGAGGAGGAAGACUGGCCCUGA